AUGAAGUUCACCCUCCUCACAACCGCCCUCUUCCUCUCCACCGCCGCCUAUGCCCAGGACUUGGACUCCAUAGUCACCGCCGCCGAAGGCAUUGUGGCCACAGCCGCCGCUGGCGGCGCAUCAAUCGGCUCCGAAGCCGUCGCGGAAGCGACUUCCAUCGCUCACGCUGUUGAAACUGGCGGCUCAGCUGCCAUUUCCACUCUCACCGGCGACGCUGCCUCAAUCGGAUCCGCAGCUGCCAGCGCGGCCAGCUCUAUUGGCUCCGAAGCUGCUUCAGCCGGCUCGGAUAUUGCUAGCAAGGCUUCCACUUGGGCUACACAGUUCACCACGACUGAUGCUUCUGGUCACACUACCACUGAGGCGACUACUAUGACAAGCCGCGCUAGUGGCGCGACGAGCACUGCUACUGAGACGGGGAGCAACACUGCUACUGAGACGGGGAGCAACACUGCUACUGAGAUGGGGAGCAACACUGCUUCGUCGACUGCUUCCGGUGCUUCGAGCACCAGAACUAAUGCUGCCGGUUCGGGGCCCUCCGCUAUGGGUGCUGCUUUUGCGGGUCUGGGCAUGCUCGGUGUCAUGGCUGCCUUGUAG